AUGGACAAAGUGGGUUAUAAUGGCAUAGCAAACCUAAAGCAUCAUCACUCUCAGUAUAAGGAGCAUAUUAUGAAUUUAUUGAAUGAUGGGAAAUCAAGUAUUAAAUCCAUAAUCAAUGUGAUUGAUGAAAGAGUCAGGAAUUUUGACCAGAGUACUGUACCAUAUUUGAUCCCCCAAAGAGAUGGACAGUUAGAAGAUCAUGAAUGUCGAGAUGUUGCUGCAUUAUUGCUCUUAUCACAACAGAAGAAAAGACAUUUAUUGGAUAGAAAUAUGAAUGCAGCCCUUCAACAGAAGAUUGAAGAACUUCAGAGAAAUUUGAUGCAGUUCUUGUCUAGGAAACUUGAUCAGGAGACUAAAUACGAAAAAGCCAUAGUUAGCAUUGGAGAAAGAAAGCUUAUUACUCAUAAAAGAGAUGAAAGUUUAAAAAACUUACUGAAGAAAACAUAUCUAAGUCGAUGGAUUGGCCCACUUUAUAAGAGCGGCAAUGAAGUUGACAGUAAUCCAAAUAAUGAAGGAAAAUUCCUUAAUAAGAGAACCUCUUGUAUGGAUUUUGCAAGAAUGAAGAUUGAAAUUUCAACGCUUAAGGAAAGCAUGGAAAGCUUGGAGUGUUUAACUUCAUCAAUUCAUAGGCUUCGUCUCUCUCUUUUCAAGACCAAGAAAUCUGUUACCUGUGAAGAUGUAGUUUCUAGUAUCUCCGAAGUUCUCAAUGAAAUUAUCAAUGAAGCAAAAUUUGUAAAGACUGCACUUGGGAGCUCCUUACCCAUCAGUUGGUCAGGGGAAGGAGAUACUGGCUACACGGGAGAUAAUGCUAGCACUGGCACGACACAUCAGGAAUGCACUAAAGGACUAGGAUGA